ACCGGGAAAACAAUUUAUUUCUGUCUCUUUAUUUCUGGCAUUUUAGUCAAAUUGGAACACAUGCGUUUGCAUUUUGUUUCUCAAGACAAAAAAUAAACCACAAUAUUUUAGUGAAUAACUAAAAGUGUUGUUUCCAUGGUAACAUCUGAUCUGGUCAACAACAGUUAUUGGCGUUUUUCUAGCAGCAGGCUUUUAUUAUAUGCUGGAAAGUGAGCUAUCGAAGUAAUUCGAAUUCACUUUAUAUGCAAAGUAAAAUGAAUGAGGAAAGUGGACUGGAAAAACUGGACUUUGGUGCCUUAAGCCUCGAGCAACAACAGAAACUCCGACAAUUUAAGGUCAAAACAAGAAUUGACAAUGAAAAAUAUUUGAGAGCGCAUCCAGAGGUGGAACUCUUAAUAAGCAACUUUUUAAGCGAAGUAUUUCUCAAAAGACCCACAGACAUUCGAGAGUUUGCAGCAGAUCACUUCACUGACCCAAAUCUGUGUGUGAUCAUUGGCUCCAAAAUGCAUGGUAUUCCUUCCAAAGCAGCACAGAGUGACUGAAUCCUCACUGGAUUGGAAACCUCUUCCUGUGUUUUAUACCAAGUAGUUGUUUACAUCAGUGUUAAAUAAGAACAGGCUGCCAUAGCAUUUAGAAUGUCAUGCAUGAAUGGCGUUGGCCUAACUCUAAAUACAGGCUCUGGAUAUAUAGUUAAUUUUCUAACAAGCAUCUAAUUGUAACAAGAAGUUUGUAUAUUCAGCUCUUUCCUCUGUGUCCAAAUUAUCAAAUAUUACUGCAGCAAUACAUUUAUAUUUAAGUUACAGAUGAC